AAAAUCAGAGAACCAUUGGAGUUUGGGUUCCAUUCAUUCCAUUCCAUUGGCUUUCUUCUUCGAUUCCACUCACUUUGACUUAUCAAAACUCCAAUCAACAUGGCUUCUUCUCCUCCCACUGAUCCAAUCACCGGAGCUUCGUCUUGACAAAAAUGGACGCACGCCGCAGACUCGCCGUUAUCUCAGCGCACAUUUGUUCAACCGGGUCGGGUUUUCAUCAGCCCCGACUCCAACCCGUUUCUGUUUCGGGCUCCAGUUCUGGUUCUGAUGCUGAUCAGGGGAAGUCUCUCAAUGGAGCAUGCGUCUUUUGUAGGAUUAUACGCGGUGAAUCACCGGCUUUUAAGCUUUAUGAAGAUGAUGCGUGUUUGUGUAUAUUGGAUUCGAAUCCGCUGAGUCGUGGGCAUUCUCUUAUCAUCCCAAAGUCUCAUUUUUCUUCAUUGGAUGCAACUCCUCCAUCAGUGAUUGCUGCAAUGUGUUCCAAAGUUCCUUUAAUAAGCUCUGCAAUAGUUAAAGCUACUGGUUCUGAUUCAUUCAACUUGUUAGUUAAUAACGGUGCAGCUGCGGGCCAAGUUAUAUUUCAUACUCAUAUUCAUAUAAUUCCUCGCAAGGAGCAGGAUUGCUUAUGGGCUUCAGAGAGUUUGCGUAGGCAAUCCCUGAAAUUAGACCAAGAAGCUUCCAGACUAGCUGAUCUUGUUCGAGAACAACUCUCAUCAGUGUCACCAUCGUCGUCAUCGUCCGGCAACUCUGAAGUUAGUGAAGGAGAAGGUUCUAGUCUCAGCAGAAGCUAGUGUGUAUUUCAUCCCAAUGUUUAAUUUACAAUAAUCUUAAUUAGUGUAAAACUUUUGUACCAUGUCAAUAUUUAGCUUAUUCUUUCACAUGCACAAAAACUGUUUUGUAUUAUAUACAUACUUUGGGAGUUAUGAGUUUAUUUACUUUUCUGUUUC